UGUGCAAUGCUUUAGUUGUGAAAAUGGCUGCAAAUAUGUUUUUCAUCCACCUCUUCAUCAAAUGGUUAAUCAAAAUUAUUAUCUUUAAAAUAUUCUUCAUCGGUGUAAUCACAACUACCUUUCAAGAGGAACAUAUCUUUGAAGCAGCCUUUCAAGGCGAAUGUCGGACAAGUGGACCGUGUGAUCAGUUAUGCUAUGAUCUACACGACGGUACGUUUGAAUGCUCGUGUAAUAUGGGAUUUACUCUCGACAAUAACGGCUACAGUUGUACCGAGGAUAAACUCGUUACAGAAAAAUCGAUUAAUAUUAUAACAAAACCCGAAUUAUCACCUGAAGUGGAAAAUAAAGAAAAAAAUGAAAUACAAGUAUUCAGAGACAACACUCCUAAGAGACCACUAAAUCAAUUGGUUUCUAAUACACUGUCAAUAUCUGGUCGACAAUGGUUUAUAACGUCUCCGCACAAAUCUAUUGGCCAUCCAUGGAGUCAAAAGAGACGGACGCGAAGUAAAAAUGAACGAAAACACUGGAAAAGUGCGACAAAAAGUCAUCACAAAAGAAAACUUAAAGUUAGAGAUGAAGACAAUGACAGACAUCGACUCAGUUAUAGGACUCAUAAAAGAAAACAUAGAAAGAAGAAAAAGAAAAAUACUGUUGACUUUGAGGAAUACCAGCCAUACAUACAAUCAAAUGCAAUAUUAUUAUAAUUCA